AUGACUGAUGGCAUUAAAUCUAGUGAUGGAGGUGGAACCAAGGCAUCAACAGUGAGAGAAGUUAUUCCCAAAGAGAAGGAUUUGUUGGAAUUCACCCCUGAUCUCAUCACAAAGCAUUUCCCCCGUAAUGUCCUUGGCUAUGUUACCCCAAAGUUGAAAAUGGAUGGACUUGUGCUGGAGAUAUGGAGACAAACACCAGCUCAACUGCAUCCCCUGCUUGUGUCUUUUCUCUCUCGUUUUGGACAGACAGCCAGGCAGAAUAACUUUGAGUUCAUUCUUGUCAUCCCACCACCAUCUGUUCAUGAGGAUAAUGAAGACUCCAUGCUGGGUUACUUCACACCACAGAACUUUCAAUCUCUCUUGUCUGAUGUCACUGCCUUCUCCUUCAUGACCUAUGACUUUUCAAGUGUUGCCAAGCCUGGUCCAAACAGCCCAUUGCCAUGGGUACAAGGUUGCAUCAAGCUCCUCUUAUCAGGCAUCCCUGAAGGAGACCAAGUGAUGAUGCAUGAGGCCUCUUCAAAAAUACUUGUUGGAUUAAACUUUUAUGGUAUGGACUACACUGCCACUGGAGGCCGACCCAUCCUUGGUAGAGAGCUUCAGAACCACAUCAGUGAUGCUGAAAAUCAGCUUGAAGAUGUCCAAGUCCAUUUCUCAGAUGAAGCUGUGGAGCACUUUUUCUCAUUCAGGGAGAAAGGCCAGCAACAUCUGGUGUUCUUUCCUACUGUCCAUUCCAUUCAAGCGCGACUGCAGCUGGCAACAUCAUUUGGUGUUGGAAUUGCCAUUUGGGAAUUGGGACAAGGGAUGAAUUUCUUCUAUGAAAUUGGACUUCUCCGGAGAUCAGCAGAUAUGGAGGCACUGUACCAUCAGACCAAUCAUAUGGUUGAUGAAACUCAGGCCUCAUUUGUUCAUUUGGAGAAGGCUGUUGGUGAUCGUGCAUUGCAGGUUGAAUCGGAGAUCCAGGCUCGCAUUGACAAGAUAACCAGCAAUUGUGAGCGGUUAGAAGUAUUGGUACACAAGGAGGUCCCAACAAGGCGUCAGAAUGCAAAAUUGAGACUCGAUCAGCUGAAGUAUGACUGUCAGCAUCUCCAGGCUGCUCUGCGAAACCUUCAACACAAAAGAUAUGCCAGGGAACGAGAGCUGAUGGAAAGGGAAGAGCUGCUUACACGGCGCUUCACACCUAAUGACCAGUCUGAUACUUCAGUUCUCAUUGACUAUGCUCUUCAGCAACAUACUUCCCUACAAAACACAAAUCGUGGCCUGGAUGAAUUGAUUGGUUCAGGAACAAGCAUUCUGAGCAAUCUUCGAGACCAGCGUACAUCUCUAAAAGGAGUGCAGAAGAAAGUCUUGGAUGUGGCCAACAUGCUAGGAAUGAGCAACACUGUCCUCAGGCUCAUCGAGCAAAGGACGUAUCGCGACAAAUUCAUCCUCUGGGGUGGCAUGCUUUUUGUGUGCCUCUUCAUGUUCCUGGUGGUAUACUAUAUCCUGUGAUGCAUCCAUCUUUUGCAGAGUUCAUGUAAUUGUUCCAUUCAUGUGAUGAUUCUUCCUACUGAAAGCAUCCUCAGUUACUUGGGAAAUCUUGAUAUUUUUGUCCAACCCAUUUGGGGAAAACUCAUGCUCUUAUAUUUUUAUCAUUCCAAUACAUUGUAUAUUAAAUGUGCUGGUUUGCAUGUAGAAGGUAUUAUAUGAUGCUAGCAGUUGCCUCUUAAGUGAAGAUUCAAGAUGACUUUCAUGGCUGUCAGUUUGUGCUCUUCCUUCAUGACCAUACGAAUUGAUACAAAACCUGAAAUGGAAAUACAUGCAUUUUUAAAG